AUGCACCGCCUACGCGAACGAGCUGAGAAGGAAGAGAAGCGCAUCAAGCAAAUCGUGGGAAUUGCAAACAGCGCGGGACGGAUCAGACCCAACAGAAGCUACUUUCCGGGACGACCUGCACCACCAAGACCAGGAGGAAGAGCCUUCGCAGGAUUCCACCAACCAGAAUUCCAAGGAUUCCAGGGAUUCCAGGACGAUUGCUCCUUCCAAGCUCCAGAGAUCGAGACUGGGGGAACCUUCCACACCGCAAUAAUGCCCCCUCCAACUCUGGCGGCAAAACAAAACGUUCGAGUCACCGACGGCCAAGGAAGACAAUUAGUGGUCCCGACAUCCGACAGCAAACUAUACUGCCCGGAAGCGGUUGUCAACAUGCUGUCGUGCAUGAGUAUCAUGGAGGAACUCGGACAACAGCAGGAAGAAGAAAAUGGGUGGACAAUGCUCAGCCAAGCGGAAGAAGCACUGCAAAAGGCAAGCGGCAAGCCAUACCCAAUCCACUGUUGGGGAUGCAAAGAGGAAGGACACAAUUUCCGAGACUGCCCACACAAAGAGGACCCCCAAGUCCUAAAACGUUUCUAUGAAAAACUGGACCAGUGGAAGCAACAAAAGAACGAAGAACUCAAUCGAAAUAGAAAUAAUAAUUCCCAUUAUAGACGAGGAGGAUAUAUGACCCAAGCAAUCUGCGAUACAGUUCGAGCCAUUGAAGAUCCACAGACAGAAUCGGGAGAGAGGACAAACCUGUUGGUGAAUCUUGUCAAAGCGGUCACGGCCCACACUUCCACAGCAGCAGCAAGGAAAAGACCAAAACGGCAGUCAACCCAGCCGGCACUAUCAUUCGUCACCUUUGGAAGCUUCGCGGCCAUGGAACAAGCCCACCAGCUGAACUUCUCGCUCAAUGACAUACUGGCAUUUUGA